AUGGAUACGGACAGUAAUCCGGACUUUUCCGAUUGCAUAACGUGCGCGACGAUCAAAGAAAUAGCGGGCGAGGACGAGGACGAACCGAGCGAGAUUCGUUCGAGAGAAGAGGACGAGGACUCGCUGGACGCGACGAAACGUCCGAUGCUCCUCGACGAGGACGCCGCCGACGAAAAGGACGACGAUCGCUACGACGACGACUUCGAAAAGGACGAAGACUACGCGGACCGCGACGGCCUGAAGCCGCACUUCAACACGUCGGUGUCGCUGUGCUCCAGCUCGUCCAAGCGCAACGUGACCUUCAACGACGACCAGCUCCGAGACAUCGACAGGACCAACGGCAUAUUGAUGAAGAAGAUCCUGUCGCACACGCGCCGCGCCAACCAGUACAAAGUGCCGCCCAAGUACUACCACCAAGCGGCCAACAAGAUAUCCAGCCUCACCAUCAACAAGCGAAAAGAGGACGCCCGCAUCAACAGGGAGAACCAGAUCCUGCUCAAGAAGAUACAGUCUGUUAAGUCCAGUUUUAAAAAGAAAAGCGUGCCGCCGCCGCCGCCGCCGCCGCCGCCGGCCGCCCCAAAACGGUACCACCUGUUCCACAAUAACCCCGAAACCGGGGAAGUCGUCGUGCGAAAGGCCCUUCCCCGUUUCUGA